AUGAGGGGCCCCCCCCCGGCCCCCCCCACCCCCCCCGGCAGUGGGGACCCCCCCGGGACCCCCCCGAGUGGGGGGGGGGGCAGAGAGGGGGGGUACAAGGAGGAGAAUGAGCGGCUCUUUGGAGAGUUCCUGGCCCUGUGCACCCCGCUGACAUCCGACCACCCCGAGGUGCUCCCGUUCCUGUGCUCCCGGCACCACAAAACCAGCUCCGGUUUCCUGGCCUCCGCUGAGCUCCGGAACGUGCUGAGCCGCUGCCUGCGGCGCGUGCGCCGGCGCCACGCCAAGGUCUACGUGUACAUCAAUGAGCUCUGCACCACGCUCAAGGCUCACUCCCUGCGCCGCAAGCUCCCGCUACAACCGGCCCCCGGCCCCCCCCCCUCGGCGCAGCCGGCGCCGGAGCCGCCACCGGCUCCGUCCUCCCCUCCCGGCGCCGCCACCGGCUCCAAGCGGCAGAUCCGCUACCUGGAGAACCUGCUGCGCGUGUACACGGGGGAGAUCCGGCGCCUGCAGGAGCGCGAGCUGGACCUGGCCGAGCUGGACAGCGAGGACUCGGCCUACCUGCAGGAGAGCCGGCUCAAGCGCCGCAUGAUGCGCAUCUUCGGGCGCCUGUGCCAGCUCAAGCGCUGCAGCAGCCUGACCGGGCGGGUGCUGGAGCAGCGCAUCCCCUACCGCGGCACCCGCUACCCGGAGGUCAACCGGCGCAUCGAGCGCUUCAUCAACCGCCCCGACGCCUUCCCCGACUACAGCGACAUCCUCAAGGUCAUCCAGAAGGCCAACGCGCGGCACCGCCUGGGGCUGGCGCGGAGGCACAUGGAGAGCAUGGCUCAAGAUGCCUUCCGGGAGGUGGGCAACCGCCUGCAGGAGAGGAGGCAUCUGGACCUGGUCUACAACUUCGGGAGUCACCUGACGGAUCAGUACCGGCCUGGCACGGACCCGGCUCUGAUGGACCCGGAGCUGGCCAAGAGGCUCCGGCGCAACAGGACCAUGGCUCUGAGCCGCCUGGACCAGGUCAUCUCCCACUAUGCCCAGUUACAGGAUGAGAGUGAGGAGGAGGAGAGGGGCAGGAAGCGGCGCCGGGGCACCCCAGGGAAGAGCCAGCCCAGGGAGGAAGAGGAAGAGGAGGAGACAGAGGAAGAGACAGAGGAGGAAGAGGAGGAGGAUGAGGAGGAGGAGGGGGAGGAAGGGGACAGCUCCGAUGGCUCCCAUGGCAAGAGGGAGGAGGCGGAUGAAGGGGACCCCAUGGAGCUCAAUGCCCCCCAUGGAAGGGAUGAGGAUGAUGAAGGUGCCACCUCCAAGCCCAUCAUCCCCUAUGGGAGCCCCAAAGGGGACCCUAUAGAGCUCAACACCCCCCAUGGAAGCGGGGAGGAUGAUGAAGGUGCCGCUUCCAAGCCCAUUAUUCCCUAUGGAAGCCCCAAAGGGGACCCUAUAGAGCUCAAUGCCCCCCAUGGAAGGGAUGAGGAUGAUGAAGGUGCCGCUUCCAAGCCCUCCAUCCCCUAUGGAAGCCCCAAAGGGGACCCUAUGGAGCUCAGUGCCCCCCAUGGCAAAGGGGGUGAGGAUGAUGAAGGUGCCACCUCCAAGCCCAUCAUUCCCUAUGGGAGCCCCAAAGGGGACCCUAUAGAGCUCAAUGCCCCCCAUGGAAGGGAUGAGGAUGACGAAGGUGCCGCUUCCAAGCCCUCCAUCCCCUAUGGAAGCCCCAAAGGGGACCCUAUGGAGCUCAACACCCCCCCAUAGCAAGGGGGAUGAGGAUGAUGAAGGUGCCGCUUCCAAGCCCAUCAUUCCCUAUGGAAGCCCCAAAGGGGAGGAAGGUCCCGAUGUCCCCCCUAGCAAGGAUGCAUCCGAUGCCCCCCAUGGCCAAGCCAAGCAGGAGGCCCCCAUUACACCAGGUGCUGUCCCUAUGGAAGUGAUGCCCAAGACCCCCGAGGAGCUCUUCAUGGUGGAGAUCGAGACCUUGCCCAUGGAAGCCAAUGAGACCCCCCCGGGCUCCCCCCACACUAUGGGGUUGGGGUCAGAGGCCAAGCCCAAGGGGGUCUCACCCCCUCCAUCCCCCCCCCAUUCCCAAUCCCUAUCCCGGCCCAUCCAGGACCAUUGGGGAAGGGAGCGGGGGGGGGGGAGCCCCCCCCACCUUCCGGGUCCCCUUUGGCCUGUACCCCACAGGGAAGAGGGGGUUCCCAUUGGAGAAUGGGGGGGGGGCCACCAUCAGCUCCACCAGCUGCAAUGGGAGCGCCGAGGAGGGGGGGGACCCCCCCGUGCCCCCCCAUAAGAGGAGCCGAAGGGAACUGCCUGGGGGGGGAAGCCCCUGCAUCGAGGUGCACAGCGUGGGCUCCGAGGACGAGGAGGAGCAGCCGCAGCAGCAGCGGGGGGGGGCGUGGCCUGGGGCGGGCACAGCCGCGGGGGGCGGAGCCCGGAACAGCCCCGUGCCCGACUCCACCCGCGCAGACUCCCCCGGGGGGGAGGUCGUGAGCAGCAGCAGCCACAGCAGGGCACGGAAGAUGAACGUGGCGACCCAGUGCGACCCGGAGGAGAUCAUCGUGCUCUCGGACUCGGAUUAGCCCCGCCCCCUUCCCCUCCCAAGCCC